UUGGGUGAGAAAGUCUGAGAGAAGGAGGGAGAGAGAAAGAAUGCUAUGAUGUCACACCAGCCCACUCGAAUACAAAAGCGGUGUAAAGAAAGACACACAUGCUCCGUUUCCACUAACACAACUCAACAGCACACAUUCCCGGCUCUCUAUACUGGAAUCAUAUGUUCAGCGUGUGGGACAAGAACAACCAUCUCCGUCACAGGACCUAAAAUGCCAGCAAGAUAAAAGCAGCGUUUGUUUGAGUAAAGGCCAACAACGAUUAACAAAAAAAAAGAGCUGGACUCUUUAAAGGACAUCAUCUUGCCCAAAGAUCCCACGCACAAACCGUCAACAUGCUGCAGCAAAUACUAAAAGACAUGUACAUCGAUCCAGAUGUACUAGAGGCUCUGAACGAUGAACAGAAGAGGAUCUUAUUCAUCAAAAUGAGAGAAGAACAAGUCAGGCGGUGGAAAGAAAGGGAAGAGAAAGAUGCAAAAGAAGGGAUGAAAAAAGAAAAGCUGCGCGAGAGGAAAGGUCCUUGUAAAACCGUGAGCUGGCUGCUGGGUAGCGACGGCGACGUGCAUGUGUGCAUCAUUGGGGAAUCAGACGACCUUAAAUCUCCAAAAUUUAUUUUGUCAGAGCUGAGGAAUAAGACAACAGACAACCUUAACAAUAUCAACAGAGCAAACGUGGAAACUGUAAACAACGGCCUGACCAAAGCCAAUAGAGCACCACAGACCAGCACAGAAGCAGGGAUUCAACUUCAUCUCAAGAAACCAGAGGACCUCAGUCAUUCUGGAGCCGACUCAGACAAAUGUAACCAGGACAGCGGUUCAUAUCAGUCUACUGAUGACACCAAGGCCCAAACAGAGGACUCGGAGACGAAUAUCGCCGAGGUAGUAAUCGGCCUUUACAAACCACAUUUCAGCCACAGAGCCGCAACAUUAGCAGAAACCCUGAAUGAGGUCCGAUUGCACAGAGCAAUGAAAGACCAGCUGUCAACCACAGAAAAGACACACACACCAUACAAAGGAACGGUGAGAAUGAAGAACAGCAGUGGGACGUCAGGCAGUCGUGUAGCUCAACUCAGACAAACCUUCAACACCACAAACGCCAACGGGUCCGCCCCCCUUGUCAAACCACCAAUCCCCAGCAAGCCUCUUCACCUAAUGACCACCCCCUCCGUCAGAUAAAACACCUGAAAUAUAGAAACGUCUCCGUGUAUCCAAACAGCAGAUAAAUGGACUAUAAGAACAAAAAAGACUUAUUCGCCUGAGCGUAUGAGCAGAUGCAGGUGUGGACUCAGCUGGAGACUGAGUACGGGAAUUAAACGCUCUUUAUGACCCAGCUCAGACUGAUACGCUUCCAUUUUCACACUAUGUUUACAGAGGAACACGCUCUCUGAAGAACUCACAUUUUUUCUGUUGCCUUGUCGGGAUAUUGUCUGUGUGAUGGUUUCAUUCCAACUGUUUCCUUUAAGGGAGAAAGACCAAAGGUGUUGUCUACUGUUUAUAAAGUUACUGGUUAAUCUUUUGCGGUUGUAAAUAACGGUGUCCUAUUGUAUAAAAUAAAAUGCUUAUUUUAACAGC